AUGUCUCUCCCCACCGCUUACUACUUCAUGAUGGGUUCCCAUAGGGACUAUCAGUACUCUAUUGGAAGAUCUCCUUUUGAGGACCAUAGCCUUAACCCGAAACCAGUUUGGCUUCUACGUCCAUCAGCUGAGGGUUUUACUCCCUGGUUGCUUACAAAGACAGCCCGUGGUUACGUCUUCACAGUUAAGGACACUCCAACGGGUGCGGAAGGCAACUCUGUUGUAGCUAUUCUAGAUAACAAUCGAACUCCAGUUGUCGAAUGGAUCGUGGAACCUGUUCCUAACGAACAAGAUCGCUUCCGAAUCCGAAAUACAAACCGACAAUACUGGACUGUUGACGGUAGUAACACCCAGAAUGGUUACAAGAUCGUACUUCGAAGGGAAGGAGAAGGGAGCCAAAUAUUCAACAUCUUCCGUGCAUACAGAGACUUCAGCAAUGAAGAGGAGAAAUACUCGCAACGUACCGAUUCCAAGGAUGGAAGUACCUAUAACCCAGAGAAAUCUGAGGAGAGUGGCCGCCAGAAUUUCUUUGGAUCUGGAAAAAGAGAGAAGAAGUUCUGCUCCUAG